UACCAUUCUACCCUCACAACUGAAAACUGCGAAUACGGUUUGGUUUCUUCUUCCUCUUCUUGUUGUGUGUCUUUAAAGAAAAAAAAAAUAAAAACAAGACUCAUCAGUGGCGCCGGUAACAUAAUAAACUCCAACGAAGAGAGCAAAUGAUUGAUACUGGAAGAUACCUUAUCGGUGUCGCCGGUGCUAGCGGCUUCGGCUCAAAGUCCACCGCCGAUGAGGUAACCGAGAACUGUGACCUUCGUUCCAUAACAGCCAUAAUCACCGGUGCGACGUCGGGGAUCGGAGCAGAGACGGCGAGAGUGUUGGCUAAGCGAGGAGCGAGGCUAGUUUUCCCGGCGAGGAACGUGAAAGCGGCGGAAGAAGCGAAAGCAAGGAUCGUAUCUGAGUUUCCUGAGGCGGAGAUAGUCGUCAUGGAGCUUGAUCUCAGCUCUAUCUCCUCCGUACGGAGCUUCGUCGCCGGCUUUGAAUCUCUUGAUCUACCUCUUAACCUUCUCAUAAACAACGCAGGCAGAUUAGCACAUGAACAUGCAAUAUCCGAAGACGGGAUCGAGAUGACAUUUGCCACUAAUUAUCUAGGUCAUUUUCUAUUGACGAAUCUGCUACUAAGGAAGAUGAUUCAAACGGCAGAGGAAACAGGAGUUCAAGGGAGGAUAGUUAACGUUACGUCCGGCAUUCACGGCUGGUUUUCCGGCGACUUGAUCGAAUAUCUCCGGCAAAUAUCCCAACCAAAGUGUCAAUUCGAUGCGACACGUGCUUAUGCUCUCUCGAAGCUUGCCAACGUUUUGCAUACCAAGGAGCUCUCGUCUAGACUCCAGAAAAUUGGAGCGAACGUGACGGUAAACUGCGUACACCCAGGGGUUGUAAAAACCCGGUUAACAAGAGACCGGGAAGGCUUAUUGACAGAUCUCGUCUUCUUCCUGACUUCCAAGUUCCUUAAGACCGUCCACCAAGCAGCAGCAACGACGUGUUACGUGGCAACAAAUCCAAGGUUGGUGAACGUAUCGGGAAAGUACUUUACGGACUGCAAUGAAACCACACCAUCUGGACUCGGAUCUAACUCCUCCGAAGCUACCAAAUUAUGGGCUGCAUCUGAGAUUCUGGUAACUCAACAUUCCAAGACCGGGUUCGACCCACUUAGCUAAAGAACACAUUACUAACUAUUAUCUUAUCUUAUAUACCCCUAGGAAAAAUAUAUACAUACAUCUAAGUAGCUGAGAACAAAAAUACUAUGAAUUAGUUGAUCCCCCGAAGUUAUGAUAUUCAAGAUUCUCAUAAACAUAAUAACAUAUUUAUAUACAUAAUUAGCGUUCUCUUUCAAUAGUACUAAUGCGAAGCUGAUGUACAUUUAAGUUUGUUUAUACCAAGUUAUAUUAUCAAAGAAUCAAUAUACCCAAGUUUUCUUUUUAAUAUUUU